AUGAAGAGUAUUGCAUUCGGCGCGACCUCGAUUGUCACGAGGGCCACAGAUACAACGGUGAUGAAGCAGCCCUUCCCUGGAUCAGAACAUGAGGUCAAGUUUGAACGGCAAAUUUAUGAGCUGCUUGGGCCGCAUCCUCGAAUCGCCAGGUACAUAGGUCCAGUUGUGCAUACUGUGAAACUACAAUUCUAUGAGAAUGGCUGCAUCGAUCAGCUGAAAAUGAAGAGGCCUGACUUUGAAAUACCCUAUCUACAGUGGGCUGAACAAAUUGUUGAAGGAUUGGUCUUCUUACACGAAAACGGCGUUAUACAUUGUGACUUACGAUCUGCCAACAUUCUAGUUACUGACUCCUUGGAUAUUGUUUUGGCCGAUUUCGCCUCCUCUUGCUUGAAUGGCGAGAGGGUGUCCUACAUCACAAACAAAACUAGAUAUCGCCCCGGUAGCUGUGAGGACCCGUACGACUACUCCUUUACUAUUCAAGACGAUUUUUUUGCAUUUGGCUCUGUGUUGUAUAACUUGAUUACCUCCAAAGAUCCUUAUCCAGAUCUAGAAGAUCAUGAAGUAGUCCAGCUAUAUAACUCUGGAACAUUUCCUGAUGUCUCAGGACUACCCAUGAGCAAUAUAAUGGGUAAAUGCUGGCGUGGAGAGUACUCUUGUGCAACAGAGCUGCUGGAAGAUAUUCGUUAG